CGGCCGGCCGGCCGGCACUUCGCGUACGACCGUCGCGUCGCUCGCAACGCCGUCGCGCCAAUGAAAAGAGUCCAUGAAGGCCGAAUAGAAUAGAAUGACGGGAGACGCGAAAGCGAUGGGGAAACAACGGGACAAGUAAGUAACGGCGGAGUGACGAAUGUCUCGUUACAUCCGCGAAAUCUUCGAGCGUGAAGGAUGCGAGCGCAUCGACUGGUUACUAAAGUGCGAGCCGAGAGUUCUUCCCGUCGAAUCAAAGUGGCUAGUUUACAAUUAACACGGUACAACCGAUGUGCGGAAUUCGCGGAAUCGCGAAAGAUAAUAGAAUCAGUGAAGUGAAUUGAAAAUUCCUUUUAACGGAAGGAUACGCGAGAGGAAGGAGUCCCACCGAGUCUGCGGCGAGUUGAUUUCGGAAUAAAUAAAUAAAUAGAAAAAAAGAAAAAAAGGAAAAAAAAGAAAAGGUAAACUUGUUCGGGUGUCUUGCUGUUAUGUGUCAAAGUGUGUCGCAAUCGGGAAAGCAUGCCGUUCGUGAUACGCAAGAUAGAGCCGCGCUACGUGUGCCGGGGGCACGUGCCCCCGGGGGCGGCUGCUCAGGAAUGGCCUGUGGGGGCGGAAAUGGAAGCUGUGACACACGGUGCCCUCACAGCAUCCCUCAAGCAACUCGCCUCCCUCCUCACCACAGCCGAGGACAUAUUUGCCGACCUCACCUUGGAACUGACUGCGGUUGCUGACAGAAGUGGACUUCUUCGGCAGAGGCUGGACAAGGUGGAGGAACGUCUGGGGACGAUCGAUCCUAAGAAGAUUCCAGUCCCCGAGUCUGACAUAUGCACCUUCGCUGCCAGAACGGAACACUUUCACAUCUCGAAGAAACCAUCAACGUCUCUCUUCACAUCUGACACGAGGCCUAAGGCUUUACGAGAAUUGUACGAAGCUGCCGCCAUUGUUGCCGUAAGAAGUUUGGACUCCUUGAGAAGAGAUCGUGAUGUCUCUUCCAUGGACAUGUUCAUCUGCACGCCGGUGCUGGGCAAGAAGAGACGAGAUCAGAGUCUCGAUAUCGAAUCUAGAGUGCCUGCGACUAUCGAGGAUCUACGAAGAUGGACGUCCGCCGAGGCUCUUGGAGAUGUUACUGUCCCACCGGAUUGCAUGUCGAGGAUCAUGGGAGAUACAGCCGACGAUGAUGCUGUGGAUCACAAGUUGCCUAGUCCCGAGGAGCAAGUGCAGGCUGUUGCUCUGAGGUUCCCAGCUGAAAUUGUCGCAGUAGACGUGAGUGGUCGAGGAUUCGAGAGAAUGUCCAUGAGAAGAAGAUCCUUAUUAUCUGGUCCUGAGUCUCAGGAAACCGUAGUGAAAAGGAGAUCGCGUCCUCGAAGACCGAGAGGAAAGAGACGAAACACCAUUGCUGGUACAGAUCAAAAGGAAAUUCGUCAAGCUAUCGGCGGAGAAGCCACAGUCGAGGAACCGGAAGAGGCGUCAACAAGUGCAGCUCCUAGAGCACACCGAUCAGCGAGUACAGAUAUUCUGGGAUCUAAAAAGCAGUCGCCAAUUGAAAAAAAGUCACACUUCAAUACCCUCAAAGCCUGGGGCAGGUCGAGACUAAAACUCAUAAGUCCAAAAUCUGCUCAAAAUAUCCCACCGGAAACGGAAACUAGUGUUCAAAGCGAGGAGAGAACCUCGGACGUUCAAUCGAGGUCCGCAGAAGAGACUAACAUCUAUGAAACUGUGACAAUGAGACGUAGGAAGGAGAAGUCGCACGAGAGGAAGCCCAGUUCUUCUAGUUCUAGUGGUAAAAGUACUUCGAGUAUUCCUGUGUCCAUGCCAAGCACUGAGAGGCAACCCAGUGUGAAGUUAAGAUCGAGCGCAGCGCAGAGAAGAGAAAGGCGGAAGGGUAAUAGUCGAGAUGAUGCGCCACACUCUAGUUCCGGAAACUGGAGCGCAUCUUCUGAGAGUGGACGUGCAAGUAUCGGUAGUGAGACUACGACAACCACGCAUCAGCCGAGAUCAACAACUACAGCAUCAAUUGGUACUUCUUCUACUUCCUUGAGUCACGUACGACGAUUAAAAGGAAGAGACACUUCGGCAUCCUCCUCGGUGACGUCCGAGGGCACUUUGACCCCAGAUAUUAUUCAGGACAUCACUGCUGUACCAUUCUCAGAUGAUGGAGAAACAUCCUCUGUAUACUCCUGCGACACAGAGGGUUAUUAUACUUCAUUUCAUAUGGAUUCGGGACUCAAAACCCUCAGGGAAGAGGAACCGGUUCCACAGACUCCACUCACCAAGUCGAAUGAUCUUGGUUCGGACCCGACUUCUCCGAUUGUGGAGAACGAGUAUGAACUCUUUGGUAGAGGGUCCACGUCGACAACCACUAGCUCUGCAGGAACUGUCUGUACAGCCUUAAUGGCGCCACCUCCGCCAGAAAGGAAGUCCAGUCUAACGGUGGUUGCCAUGGUUCAUGGUCAAAACCAAAAUGGUGGCGAGUCACCAGAUAGUGGUCAUAAUACAUCUUCAUCUCCAGUGGAGUCAGCAUCCAGUCCAGCUUGUACCGGAAGAUCUUGUUCGGAAUUCGAAUACUCUGAAUCUAGUGACCUUGAAGGAUGCGAGAGAAUUGAAAGGAUUCGAUCAAAAACUGCUAUCAAUACAAGUCGUAUUCCCUCCAUGUGUGUGAUAACUCCACCAGCUUCCGAUGACGAGAACGCCAAGGAUGCGGAUCACGAUAAACGGAAGGAUUUAAAGAGUAAUAAACAAAGUCCAGGUUCGGUUCUGAUGUCGGCGACUGUUGGGACGUCUAAGAUGGAAGUGAUAAACGGACAAGACAAGAAUCUUUAUGCAACAGUACAAACGGUCUUACCGUCCACGGUAUCUAACGAAAAAUCAUCCAGUCAAACCAAUCAGAAUCCAACAGCAUCGUCAGGAGCAGCUCACACCUCGAAAAUUAAUCCACUGAGUGGGGUAUUGGGAAAGCUUCGUGGCGUCCUACCAGGACGAAAGAACUCAAAAAGUGUGGUCCAGGACGUACCUGUCGCAGACUCCGGCGACUAUGUAACCAUAGCCGAUGUGAGGAAUAACAACGACAAGCGACAAGAGAACACAUCAGCAUCAAUUCGAUCUCCAGUGACCUACGCGAACUCUGAUCUCUUCAAGAAAGACGCAGAGUACGUGAGUCUCACUGAACUGCCUAAGAAACCAGAUUCAUCUCUAGAGAGAAGAAGACAAGGUGCCCGGGUGACCUUAGACUCAGAGGGUAAGGUCGUCUAUUCCUCGGACAGUCUCAAGAGAAGAAAGGGAGCUCAUACAACCUUUAAUCCAGGUCCUUUCGUCAAGGAAGGACUAUCGCCAAGUCCAUCGCCACUGCUUCAUCGUGCACAAACUACAGUAAGAGCAGUUACGAGAAGCGCGGAUUUCGUAGAUGCUCCGGUGAGGUUGACACCGCCUACGUCACCACAGUUGGGUAAACUUAUCAUAAGGGCGGCGAAGAGCCCCGACAGGGCGGCCAGCCCAGACUACGUCCGGACUCCGACGACAAUCGUGGGCCCGACAAGUCCUACCAGUCCACAUCGGCAAGUUCGCGGAGCUUACGUCAACGUGCAAGGCGAAGAAGACAGCGCGUUGCUAGCCAUUCCAGUGGAGUCUGUAUCUUCGUCACAAGUGGUAACUCAGCAGCCACCGCCUUAUGUAGGACCACCCCAACCCAACAAUCCCCAAAAGACACACCAGUACGAGGCGUACAUCAAGGAUCAUCAACGAUCUCAACAGAUCUACACAUCCAGCCAACCCCGUUAUAACGUCUGUGAGAAUUCCCCUGGCUAUGCGCAGCAUCCCUACGUUCAAGAUAUUUAUACGGAUAAUUCGCAACAUCGUCAAUGCUACGAAAAAAGUCAGGAAUUGUUUGAACGACAGAAUGUAUCGCAAUGUCAUAAAAAUCAGCAGAUCUAUGGCCGUCAGUCGACGCAAAUCCAGAAUGCGAGGAAUCAGCAGUACUCUUAUCAACCUUGUGACUCCUCGAAGCAACAGUUUUACACUUUGCCAUCGCGCAGACCUCAGAGAGAUGUUGAACCACCGCGAAGCGUGACCCCUGACAUAACGAGAGGUCUAGCCAGAGGAUCCUUAAGUGCGAUGCAUAUGCUUGCUAGGCAAGGUCAAAAACCUCUGCAGGAAGUAAGUCAACGUGGUCACUUUGAUGAAGAAUCGCAGCUCAAUGCCAGCAGAAGAAACUUGGAACAACUUGAAGCUAGAAGCAGAUCAAUUCAGAAUCAGAAUCAGGCGCCCGUGGACGUCAGAAACAGGUUUGCCGCACCCUUAGGUCUGACAGCGUUUGGUUAUCGAUUCUUUGCUUCUUCGCCGGUCCAUGAUCUCGGGAGGAAUUCACACCAAACCACAGAGAAUCUCAGGCACAGUCCUAUUUCUCCUAUUGGACCUGGGCACAACAAUGGGUUCAAAUCAUCCACUCCGACUGGUCGGUCGACUCCUACCGUAGCAGAACGUCUGGCGUUAACUACUGGGAAGGCUGUUGGACCUGCACCUGUUCUUAGUAACUCAGGUAGAAGUACACCAGUUCAGAACACUUCCGGUAGAAGUACACCGACGAAUUUAGUACUCUCACCUACGAAGAGUACUAUGUCGAACGAGGAACUAUUCGCAGCUAUUCACAAAUCGAAGAGGAGGCUGAAUAUAAGGGAUGAUGGGGAGAGUCUGUCGCCCUGUGGAUCUAUGAACUCAUUGGUGCAGACGCAAGUGGGCACCAGACAUAGUUGGAGUCCUGAAUCACAAAAAGUACCUGAGGUACCGCAAACUGUUCAGAAACCAUCAGCGACAUCUCGAUUGGACUUCAAACGACUCCUUCUGCAGCAAAGUGUCAAGACUGGACCAACGAGAUUGUCAGCUGCUGAGCAGCUUAAAUUAUCCCGUCAGCAGGGCCUACAGCAACAACAUCAUCAUCAUCACCAUCAUCACCAUCAUCAGCAACCUCAACAGAACGUACAGCAAACGCCACCAGUGAAGGUACUCAGUCCGAGAUCAGUAUGGAGGUUUCAAACUCCAAGGACAGAUGUUCUCUCGUCGACUAUAAUUGAAGAUGCAGCAGCCGAAGAGAAGGCGAUGAAGCCAUCACCUGAAAAUCCUUCUCCGAUCUCAAGAAUCAAUUCUAGAAGACAGUUGGAUCUUUGUAGCGAUCUGCCAGAACAUUUGAGUACUAAAGACUGCGAUAAUCAGAACCCAACCACUGAUAAUAGACUGACGUUUCUACAAUCUAAGGGAGAUAACACUGCCGAUAGCAAAUUAAGAUCACAACAAUCAAGCUCCAAUUCUGCUACCGAUAACGUCAGAGAUUUCGAUUUUCAGAGACAGAAUGCUAGUAAUAAUUUAUCCGAUCAAUAUGCCGCCGCUACACCUAAGCAGAAUGUACUUACUGGGCAGAGAGUGUCGGUUCCGCAUGUUCGAAAUAUUAUUAGCAGCCCAAAGAAACAAGAAAUCCUUAAUCCAGCGCAGAAUGUACAGAACACUCCCAGAAGCCACGUAGCAGCUCUGAGCGCAUUCGAGACAAGAAGAAUGAACAAUCAGCUGGCAAGGGCCCAAUUUCUGGGCAGUAUGCCUGUCAAUACUAAUCAGGGCCAAAGUGCCUAUUAUCAAAAGAGAUUUAGGGCCAGAUCAGAAUCGCCUCAACAUACGGUUACGCAGAAUGUCGCUCGUAGUCCCAGUGCACCGACUUUAGAAACGGCUCUUUAAUUUUGAUAUACUAAUUUCGGAAAAAUGAGAUAAUUAUGAGACCCACUGUUCAUUGGGACUUCGUAUAUUAAUUUUAAAAUAUGUAUUAGAGUGACUGGACGGUCAGUUUCCUUUGGCAUUUUGAUAUCCUAUACUCGACCAUUUAACAACGUUUUCUAUUCGCGUGCAUUUUCGAAAUUGAGCUACAUAUGCCGCAGUUUAUUUCUAACUUGUAAUAAGGUCAGAAGACCUUAUCUGAUAGAGAAUGUAUUCGAGAACUUUUUACCUAAGUUGUUAUAAUCAACGUAUGCGUCUCGGAAAAACAAAAAUAAUUUAACAAGGUUAUCAAUUUUCUUAAAUUCAUAACCGAAGAACAAUAAGAAAAAAAUAUUCAAGAGCAGAACGGUAAUAGGUACAGUACGUAUCUCCAACAAAUGUAUAUUUUCGCUUUUGUAUAGACAAGUCCUAAUCUAGUGUGAUUUUUUUAAUAUACAAAAAGAACUCGCACUGGCUCGCAGCUUGACAACGUCACUUAGAGUUAGUAACUUAUUUUUUUACAGUAGGAAGAAAUGCCUUGUAUUUACUAUUACGGAUACCUCUGUAAAUAGCAAGUAGCGUGUGUAUAACGAUUGUAAUAUUAUUGUAGCCAACUUGGAGUCUUCAUUCGCUUUCUAGUCUAGUCUGGAUAGAAUGGAAAAAAUUUAUGGAUUUUUAUGAACAUUGAAUCCGACGAUAAUUAUUUUCACACCUAUCCGAAACCUUCUCUAGCCGUUGCGAAUGCGCAUUGAAUCGAUGAACAGAAAAUAAAGGAAAAAAAGAAAGGAAAAGGCUCGAUAAUAGCUAGGCUUAAAUAGGUUUCUGGUUGGUAAAUAGUUAUAUAUAUAUAUAUUAAAAAUGACUAUAGUAUAACGUAAUGAAAAGCGUUGCCUUAAUUAAAUUACUAAAAGUUUACAGUUAGUGUCGUGACAGAAAAUUCGCGGUCACGAUGGAACCACACGCGUGCGCGCGCGCGCGCACACACACACACACAACACUGCUAGACGUAAGUCGAAUCAUUUUUUGUACUUCGCUCAGAAUAAAGAAUUCUACUGACAAGGAUAAUAAAUUCAUUUUAAUUAGAA